CCCGUCUAGCCCAGCGCCGGGCUUUGGGAGAACCGCCUCUGGGCUCGCCCAUUGCCAAGGGUGGCUGUGCUUUGGGGCCCGGGCGGGUGCACGGCGCCCAUCAUGCGUGGCUGCCCGCGGCUCGCGCUGCUCUGCGUUCUGUCCUGGCUCCUGAGGGCGGCCGGGAAGCCCCCCGCAUCGGCCCCCACGCCACGCCGUGCGGACCGCGACCCUGCCAGGGGCGCGGACUUCGAUCACGUCUACAGUGGCGUGGUGAGCCUCAGCAUCGAGAACAUCUACUCCUUCAACUACACCAGCCAGCCCGGCCAGGUAACUGCCGUGCGGGUGCACGUGAACAGUUCCUCUGAGAACCUCGACUACCCAGUGCUCGUCGUAGUGCGCCAGCAGAAACAGGUGCUGUCCUGGCAGGUGCCUCUGCCCUUCCAAGGACUAUACCAGAAGAGCUACAACUACCAGCAAGUGAGCCGCACCUUAUGUCCCUCAGAAGCAACCAAUGAGACAGGACCUUUGACACAACUGAUAUUUGUGGAUGUGGCAUCCAUGGCACCACUGGGUGCCCACUACAAACUGCUGGUCACCAAGCUCAAAGACUUCCAGCUCCGGACAAAUGUUGCCUUUCGCUUCACUGCCAGCCCCUCUCAACCUCAGUAUUUCCUCUACAAAUUUCCUGAAGAUGUGGACUCAGUUGUCAUUACAGUAGUAUCUGAAAUGGCUUAUCCAUGUUCUGUCAUCUCAGUCCAGAACAUCAUGUGUCCAGUGUAUGAUCUUGACCACAACGUGGAAUUUAAUGGUGUCUAUCAGUCUAUGACCAAGAAAGCUGCUAUCACACUACAGAAGAAGGAUUUUCCAGGUGAACAGUUCUUCGUGGUGUUUGUGAUAAAACCCGAAGAUUAUGCCUGUGGAGGAUCAUUCUUCAUCGAGGAAAAGGAGAACCAGACCUGGAAUCUACAACGAACAAAAAACCUUAAAGUGACCAUUGUCCCUUCUGUUAAAGAAUCUGUUUAUGUGAAAUCCAGUCUCUUCAGCAUCUUCAUCUUCUUGUCUUUCUACUUGGGAUGCCUGCUGGUUUUGUUUGUUCACUAUGUAAGGUUUCACAGAAAAGCCUCUGAUGGAAGCUUUGGGUCCCAUGAUGGCUCUGGAAAUAUGGCAGUGUCACAUCCAAUUAGUGCCAACACACCUGAAGGGAGCAAUUAUGGGGCAAUAGAUGAAUCAAGCUCCAGCCCAGGGAGGCAGGCAUCCUCCUCUGAUGGUGGGCACCCAUGCCACUCAGACACAGACAGCUCUGUGGAUGAGAGUGACUUCGACACUAUGCCAGACAUUGAGAGUGAUAAAAACAUCAUCCGGACCAAGAUGUUCCUGUACCUGUCAGAUCUAUCCAGGAAGGACAGGAGAAUUGUCAGCAAAAAAUACAAGAUUUAUUUUUGGAACAUCAUCACCAUCGCUGUGUUCUAUGCCCUGCCUGUGAUCCAGCUGGUCAUCACCUACCAGACAGUGGUAAAUGUCACUGGCAACCAGGACAUCUGUUACUACAACUUCCUCUGUGCCCACCCCCUGGGCGUCCUGAGUGCCUUCAACAACAUCCUAAGUAACCUGGGCCACGUCCUUCUGGGCUUCCUCUUCCUACUAAUAGUCUUGCGCCGAGACAUUCUCCAUCGAAGAGCCCUGGAAGCCAAGGACAUCUUUGCCAUGGAAUAUGGAAUUCCCAAACACUUUGGUCUCUUCUAUGCUAUGGGCAUCGCCUUGAUGAUGGAAGGAGUGCUCAGUGCUUGUUACCAUGUAUGCCCUAAUUACUCCAACUUCCAAUUUGACACCUCCUUCAUGUACAUGAUAGCGGGCCUCUGCAUGCUGAAGCUCUAUCAGACCCGCCACCCAGACAUCAACGCCAGUGCCUACUCUGCCUACGCCUCCUUCGCUGUGGUCAUCACACUCACGGUGCUCGGAGUGGUAUUUGGGAAGAAUGACGUGUGGUUCUGGGUUAUCUUCUCUGCCAUCCAUGUUCUUGCCUCUCUGGCUCUCAGCACACAGAUUUACUACAUGGGCCGAUUCAAGAUAGAUGUAUCUGACACAGCAGACCUGGGACUUUUCCGGCGGGCUGCUCUGGUGUGCUACACAGACUGCAUGCAGCAGUGUAGCCGGCCUCUGUACAUGGAUAGAAUGGUGUUGCUGGUCAUGGGAAACCUGGUUAACUGGUCCUUCGCCCUCUUUGGACUGAUCUACAGGCCCAGGGACUUUGCGUCCUACAUGCUGGGCAUCUUCAUCUGCAACCUGCUGCUCUAUCUGGCCUUCUACAUUAUCAUGAAGCUGCGCAGCUCAGAGAGGGUCCUCCCCUUGCCACUCUUCUGCAUCGUGGCCACUGCCGUGGUGUGGGCAGCUGCGCUCUACUUCUUCUUCCAGAAUCUCAGCAGCUGGGAGGGAACCCCCGCCGAGUCCCGAGAGAAGAACCGUGAGUGCGUCCUGCUGGAUUUCUUUGAUGACCAUGACAUCUGGCACUUCCUCUCUGCGACUGCUCUGUUUUUCUCAUUCCUGGUGUUAUUGACUCUGGAUGAUGACCUGGAUGUGGUGCGGAGGGACAAGAUCCCUGUCUUCUGAACCCCCAGCUAUGAAGAGGGAGCAAGGGAGCCAUCCACCUUGGUGCUGCUUCAUGCAAACUACGGUGACCACAGCAAACUGACCACUGCCAGGGCUCUGCUCCACCUGCAGACAACCAGGAUGGUGGCUGGGGAAGAGGAGAGCAAAUCCUCCAGGCGGGUGGGUAGGUGGGCAGAAGGGAGACCACAGCUAUGGACACAGGCACCGAAAGGCACCUGUCCCCAACUAUCUACAAUGCAGUCAGAAACUUUAUCAGAAGCCAUCCCACCCUCCCACUGAGACCGGCUGGCAGUGCCAAAUUGCUGCUGAACUUCUUUUGCUAGCUGCCACAGGCCUGGAACAGGCCAGCUCCUCGGAUUCCCAGUCAGAAAUGUCAACGUGGCCAUCUGCCAUCUGUGUGACACUUGCUGCUCCAUGUGUCUCAAAGCACCAGCUCACUUUCCUAAGGCCCACAGGGGAAGAGAUUCCUCCAAGAAGAAAGGUGUGGCGGACCCAGCCGGUUCACUCAUCAGCUAGUUGCCACCUCAGAAGGAAGGCACCCUGUUUCUUCCCUGCCCCAGGUCCCUGAUGUCAUUAGUGGACUUGAGGUUGGACUUGGUUCCACAUACACACCUCUUUCAUUGGGUCUUGUGCCUGGGAGCUUAACUAUUCCUCAGUGUCUUCAACUCGCGGAUGUGUGUUGACCCAUCACUCUUGGAAAGGCCCUGUUACUCAGCCGAUUUCAACUCAGCUGAGACAGAAGGCAAAAAUGGCCAGUAGUGCUAAGAGUCCAGUGGCAUCAGCAUCAAGUGGACAGACCUCACCUGAUGCACACUCAGCCAAGGGAGCAGCAUAUACUGGGCCCUUCUAUCCGCACCCCUCCAUCUUGUGCCCAUAUCACCCCCUCUUGGGAAGGAAUGAGUGUUCCAAAAGGGGCUCUCUGCUGUGGCUUCUUGAUUGAGCCCCUUGCCUAUACCUUUGUCUAGAUUGGGGAUCCACAUGUUCUCCCGGAAAUUCUCACGAGUGACUCAGGAUGGGCACAUUUUCCUCUUCCUUUCGCAUUGCACAGGGCACAGCAGAGCCUGACUCAUCUCUCCCCACCAAGGUGCAGAAAAGCUUCCCCAUGGCCCAGCACUCCUUCUGCAGCCUGGCUGGCCAGCUCCACCACGGAGCAGUCCCGUCUUGGUCCAGCGCCUCUGCCGCAUGGAGGAAGAGGUGAGCAGAAAACAGCAUUUGCAGGUGCGCACACACAUUUAUUUUUCCUGGUGAGAUGGAAGGCCCCUCUUACCUGUACUUUCUUGAUCAUUUGUUACAGAAAAAGGAUCAGGCAUUCUUUUCUCCCCUGUGCAAAAAUCAUUGUUCUUUCUUGAAAACACUUUGCCUCAUGUUUGGAAAGUUUAAACAGCAAGUCUUUUCCUGAUUGUUAUACAAAGUUGCUUUCCUUGAAGUAGUUUGUGAUUUUUUUUGUUGUUUGUUUCUAAGACAACCCCAGAUUUGUAACUGGUCUCCUGUUAUUCUUUAUUUCUUACAAGUCCUAUGUAUGAAAGCCACCAUUUAAAUGGUUGUACGAAUUUAACAUUGAAACCAAUUUUCAAACCUAUUGUGGCUGCUUGGGCCCAGUUCUUUCCCUUUAAGGCUCUGAUGGUUUCCGAUUCAGAAGAAGACCCACUUAAGAAUGUGUGAAAGAUAAAAUCCAUUCAGGUAGCCCUGGCACCCAGAGCAAACACAUGUGAAGAUGAUGCCUGUUUAGGAGCUUGUUGAGGGGAAGUGGGGGGAUAUGAAUGAAAGCAGGGAGGUGUCAGGGUUCCAGGGGUUCAUGCUGUGCCCUGGACUGUGCGUUUUAUGCUACAGUGUUACACCCUGUUCUUUGCAGCAGGAUCACAAACGCACACUAGCCUGUCUCACAAAUACGUUCUACAGGCACCUGUUAUGAAUUCUUUCUGGAGCACCCACAUUGUGGUUGAAGGACAUAGGAAAGUCAGCCGUUUGGCUGCAUCUGUGGGGCUAAUGCCGGGUAAUGUGAGCAGCAGGAGCUCAGCGAGAGCUCAGGAGCUGUCAUGCCAGCACAGACCAAGGCCCGUGCUGUUUGCUCAUGUUCACCAGCUGUGCUGUAAGCAAGCAAGCCAGUUUAGUGGGAGAGUUAGCCAGAAACCAACAGCGACUGUGAAGCGGGGGU